AUGACUGAUAGCUCUCACGCGCUCAGUAAAACAGUUCUCGGUGGAGAUGCUCUCAAAGUCUCUCAGUUAUUCGACAUCAGAGGUUGGGUUGCUAUUGUCACUGGUGGAGGAACAGGUUUAGGACUUGUCACAGCAGCUGCCUUGGCUGCCAAUGGUGCGAAAGUAUAUAUCACUGGAAGAAGGCUAGAGCCUCUUCAAGAAGCUGCUGUGAAUGCUGCACCUAAAGAAGGUGGUGGAGAAUUGAUUCCUAUACAAGCGGAUGCUAGUACCAAAGAAGGGAUCCAGAAGAUGAGAGAGACCAUCGAAAGUAAAGAGAAAUUUGUGAACGUUUUGAUCAAUAAUCAUGGUGUUUCCUUUGGACACGCAGACCCAAAUGCUGUUGAUCAAACUCCAGAAGCUCUAGCUAAAGAGAUGUUUGACAAUGAGACUUUUGACAACUGGCUCAAUGCAUAUCAAAUAAACACCGCUUCAUACUAUUUCACAUCGUUUGCUUUCCUUCCAUUAUUAGCAGCGGCCAAGACUAUUGGCGGGUUCCCGGAACCUGGCAAUAUCCUUAACCUCGGAUCUGUUAGUGGAAUGACAAAAACAAGUCAAAAAGGACAAUUCAGUUAUAAUGCCAAUAAAGCCGCUACUAUAUCCCUUUCUCAUCAAUUAGCCACUGAAUUUGCUCGACGAAAUCUCAAUGUCAGAGUAAACGUGAUUUGUCCUGGAUAUUUCCCAUCUGGAAUGAACGCAAUGGAAGAACAACAUCUAGGUGAUUCAAAUCAUGACUAUGUUAGGAAAAGAUGGGGAACACCCCUUGGAAGAGCUGGAAAUGCGGUUGACUACGCUCAGUGCAUCUUCUCACUUAUUGCGAACCAAUAUAUCACUGGGGCAGAGUUGGUCAUUGAUGGUGGAUGGCUUCUGGUACAAGGUGAGUCAUAUCGAUCGACUUCACACCAAAUUGAAACUCCAAAUCUGUGGCUUACAUUCACGAAAAAACAUAUAGCCUUCUAA